AGAAGUAGUUCUUCGUCCGGCUCCUUUGCGUAUGACACAUGACGAAUACGAGCGAAGUGUGGUGCGGAUUUUGCAGCCGAGACGCGCGGAGGACUUUGAAUUCCUGCUUUAUCGCUUACCUUUCUUACUGUCAAAUUCGCAGUAAAUAUGUUCAAGAAAGCAAAACGCUUUUGAGAAGGAGUAGGUGUUAAGGAAUUACCACAAAAAAAAGAAAAACGCAACACGUAUCCGGUUGUCCGGUUGUUGGGGGUCCCACGAAAAGAAGCGACAGGAGUUUGGAUCCAGUCGCGGAAAGCAAAGCAGGACAGAAGAAGACGUUUACCUCGGUUUGCAGCAACCAACAACGAAAAACGGAAUAAUGAGGAACGUUUGCUUCAUUUUGACCCUCGGCUUGGCUGUUUACCUUUCCGGGGAAAGGAUAGUAGAGGCAGCAAAACCCUCCUCCCAGGCUGACGACUUGUACCUGGAUGACACAGGCUCAGGAGGUUACUACCCCGAAGAUGACGAUGACUUUAACUCAGGGUCUGGCUCAGGUGGAGGGGAAGAGGUCGCUGAGGAAACUGUGACUGUCAGUAUGGUUUACAUCGCACCCAAAGCAGCAGAACCCACCAAGGACUCCACCAAAGAUUUCACACCCAGAGUGGACACAGCUACGGUCAGAGAAAAGGCCAGAGACGUCACACCGAAGAAACCAUUCAGAACAGAGGCUCCAGUGACGGUUACAGAGGAGAUGCAAAGGAACCAGAUGACCAGUACAACUAGUGCCCCCGGCUCGCCCCAGGAGCCCAUCGAGGUCCGCACUGAAAACCUCUUCCAAAGGACGGAGGUGUUGGCAGCCGUUAUAGCUGGCGGCGUGAUUGGAUUCUUGUUCGCCAUCUUCCUCAUCCUGCUCUUGGUUUACCGCAUGCGGAAGAAGGACGAGGGCAGCUACGACCUUGGCGAAAGGAAACCUUCCGGCGCAGCCUAUCAGAAGGCGCCAACCAAGGAAUUUUACGCAUAGAAGCUCCGCCCCAACCGCCAUAACAACGCCGAAAAAGUCACGCAAGGCUGCCGCGGGUUCAACCCUUGGCAGCAGCAGAGAACAUGAAAUACAACAAAAAAAGUUGAUUUAAGGAAAAAUAGCAUAGUGUAUUAUUAAGCUCUUUUUUUUUUGUCCCACCCCCUUUUUCUGUUUUUAAAAUACAAGCUUUCCGCAUUUUAUGGUGUCAGUGUAUUAUAUGAAAGGAUAAAAAAAAAAAUAACCGACAAGGUAUGAACAUUAAUUGCAUCCGCUGACUACUUUUAACGGUAGCAGUGUUUUUUUUUUGUUUGUAAGGACAAAAAAAACAAAAAAAAAAUCAAAAAUGGAAAUAAUUGAAUUAUACUAUCGCAAUUCUACUUUCUUGUUUUGUUUUUUUUAUUUUAUUUGUCUUAGCAUGUCUGAUGUUGAGCUCUAAAGUUGUAUUACAUUAAUUUAUCUUUUCUCUGUUGUUGAAAAAAUGCCUUUGUAGUUUUGAUGAAGCUUUUUUUUUUGUCUUCAUAUUAACGCUGUUAAUAGUCCAUGUAUAUUUUUUCUCCUUUUGGGUUGCAAUGUUUUUUUUUGUUUUUUUUUUUUGUUUUUUUGCUCUAACAUCCAUUUUGAGACAAAAGCGAGCAAAACAUCAUGUUUAUUUGAUUUUUUUUUUCUUGGCAGUAUUUAAUCUUCAUACUUAGGAAAUUGUGUCAAGGCUCCAAAAAAAAAAAACAUUUUUUGGGCGGUGAGGGGUGCUUUUUUUUUAUUUUUUGGCUCACAUAACCCCCCCUUCAAUGUGUUUGCAAACUCGCAUCCCUUCACCCUAACCGGGCCUCCCCUUUUCCUCUCUCCGUUUACCCUCACGCCCCCCUUCUUUUGGAAGUCAUAUUGGAGCGUGGCCAGUUAAGCCGUCAAUGGCCUGCCCUACUUCCUGCUUUUAUUUUGCCCAUGUUGUUGAUGCUUUUGGGCCCCAAAGACGUGCUUCAGUGAAAGGCCGCUCGGACACAAACACACCGGGCGACAUUGCAGCGCUACACAACACAACAUAACACAACAAAACCCCUAUGGAUACCUAGUUUCCUUUUUUUUUUUACAUGCUCACUUUGGAAUUAAUCAAAUUUAAAUUUGACAUCUCUGUCAAAUUGCCUUUCCCCCCCCGCUGUACAAAAGUGUGAAGUAGGUCAAGUACACAGUUUUUUACUAUGUGUGUCCCUUCAGUGCAGUCAUUUCUCGUCCUGUAGGACCUUAAAGGUACUAUGAACUGUGUGGAUUAAACCCAAAGACUCACAGUAUUCCUAACUCCAUGGCCACUUCUGUUUUUUCUCUUUUCCUUUUUUUUUUUUUUUUUACCCCUUUUCUGUCCAUUUGCUUAUUAGUAUAUGAAAAGAUAUAUAAAUACGGUAUAUAUAAAUGUAUAUUCACAAAUGUUUUAAACCUUCAAAGUGCCUACCAUUUCGGGGGGAAAGAUUGUGCUCACGGUGAGCGCGUGACAGGGGUCGAAACGACAUUCAGUGUGCAUGGAUGACUGUAAUGGUACCAUUUUUUUUAGUCUUACAGAAGCUGACAGUAUUGUACCUAUAAGUUGAAACAACACUACUGAAUAAACAUUGUGGCCUAAUAUCCAA